AUGACAUCCUCCAGCUCCCCCGCCUCCGCCAUCGCGGCGAGGAGGAUACACGCCACGGCGCGGCACCUCAACGCCGCCCUGGCCUCGACGGCCGAGUCAUACCCCAACACGCACGAGAAGAUCGCGAAGCCCGAGGACACCCCCUACUUCAUUGACAACAAGUUUAUGAGCUCCAGCGCCACCGACUUCAUCGACCUGCACGACCCGGCCACCAACAACCUCGUCACCCGCGUACCGCAGAUGACCACCGAGGAGCUGCAGGCGGCCGUCGACUCGGCCGAGAAGGCCUUCCCCAAGUGGCGCGCCAUGAGCGUGCUGGCCCGCCAGCAGAUCAUGUUUAAGUUCGUCGCCCUCAUCCGCGAGAACUGGGACCGCCUGGCCGCGAGCAUCACCCUCGAGCAGGGCAAGACGUUUGCCGAUGCCAAGGGCGACGUCCUUCGCGGUCUGCAGGUUGCCGAGGCCGCCUGCGGUGCGCCCGAGCUGUUGAAGGGUGAGGUGUUGGAGGUUGCCAAGGACAUGGAGACGAGGAGCUACCGCGAGCCAUUGGGCGUCGUGGCUGCCAUCUGCCCCUUCAACUUCCCUGCCAUGAUUCCCCUCUGGUGCAUUCCUAUCGCGACAGUCACCGGAAACACCCUCAUCCUCAAGCCCUCCGAGAGGGACCCCGGCGCGGCCAUGAUUCUCGCCGAACUCGUCCAGAAGGCCGGUUUCCCCGAGGGCGUGGUCAACAUCGUGCACGGCGCCCACAAGACGGUCGACUUCAUCCUUGAGGACCCGGUCAUCAAGGCCGUGAGCUUCGUCGGCGGUAACAAGGCCGGCGAGUACAUCUUCAACAAGGGCUCCGCCCACGGCAAGCGCGUGCAGGCCAACCUGGGCGCCAAGAACCACGCCGCCGUCCUCCCGGACUGCAACAAGAACCACUUCCUCAACAGCGUCGUCGGCGCCGCGUUCGGCGCCGCCGGACAGCGUUGCAUGGCUCUCAGCACCCUCGUCCUCGUUGGCGAGACCAAGGAGUGGCUCCCCGAGCUGGCCGAGUUGGCCAAGAAGCUCAAGGUCGACGGUGGUUUCGAGGAAGGUGCCGACCUCGGCCCCGUCAUCUCGCCCCACAGCAAGCAGCGCAUUGAGAGCCUGAUCCAGAGCGCCGAGGACGAGGGCGCCACCAUCCUCCUCGACGGCCGUGGCUACAAGCCCGCCAAGUACCCCAACGGCAACUGGGUCGCUCCGACCAUUAUCUCCAACGUGACGCCCAACAUGAAGUGCUACACCGAGGAGAUCUUCGGACCGGUCCUGGUCUGCCUCAACGUCGAGACGCUUGACGAGGCUGUCGAGCUGAUCAACAAGAACGAGUACGGCAACGGCACGGCCAUCUUCACCCGCUCCGGCGCCACCGCGGAGGCCUUCCGUCGCAACAUCGAGGCCGGCCAGAUUGGUAUCAAUGUGCCCAUCCCCGUCCCCCUGCCGAUGUUCUCCUUCACCGGCAACAAGAAGAGCAUCGCCGGCGGCGGCGCCAACACGUUUUACGGAAGGCCUGGCAUCAACUUCUACACGCAGCAGAAGACCGUCACCGCCCUUUGGCAGAGCGCUGACGCCAUCUCGCAAAAGGCCGACGUUGCGAUGCCGACUCACUCCUGA